AGCAGUUACAGCAGUGACUAUAUUCGCGUUAAACAAUGUUCAACUUAAUGUGCUUAAUAUCUAGUUACUGGAAGCUAUGCGGAAUGUUUUCAAUUCAGCUCGACUAUAACCGAUCGCAAAUCGUGUUCACAUUACUCGUUCUGAUUACUUGUUUACUCAGUAUUGCUAUUACACCGUGGAGCAUUUGCAUGUUGGACGGAUGGUGCGAUGAUGAGAUGUCCACCGCAUUGAGAAGAUUGUAUACCAGGGUGUUGGCAUGUACUAGUCUACUAUCGCGGUUGACCUUGACCUAUAAGGUCAAGAGGAAUCUGACAAAAUACAAAGAGAGAAGCGAUGCCUACGAAGAAAGUUGGCCAAUCAGUGACGACUAUCUUAAACGUUUUCGAACGUAUUCAUACCUGAUGAUCACCUUGAUGGCUAUUAUAUUCCCUAUAAAUUUCAUGCGGUUGUAUUUGAUGUACAAGUACGAGCCGGAAAGUGACGUUACAUAUUUGAUAGUAUUCUUCUUAUGUGCAUACAUUCAGAAUUGGAGUAUGUGUUGUAUGGAAACUCAUUUUCUCUUGCUGUGCUUCUCGGUACACCUGAAGUUGUGUGAUAUUAACCAAGCAUUAGAAAUACUAAAAACUAAAAUAAUGAUCAACAACAGGUAUCCAAUUGUGUUGCGUUCGACCAGAGCGACCGUUCUGUGUCAACGUACGUCCACCGAAAGGUGUAUUGAUAAUCUUCAGAUAGCAUAUACAGCGGAACAACUCAGGACCAGACAUGCCUUUGCUCGAGAUGCAAUUAGCGAUUUAAAUAAUUUGUUCGGAAUACAACUGGGACUUUCCUUGUGUGCAUUGAGCGUAAUGACUCUGUUUGAUAUUUACAACGAAUCUUUUCACAUGAGUGGAACAUUGUCCAGAUCAAAAUUAAUUUAUGGUUGGUUAUUGCAAUACAUAUUACGGUAUAUUUUAAUUACAAUAACGGCUCAUUAUACCACCAAAGAGGCUCUGAAAACAAAAAUGAUUAUUACUGAUGCAGAUCAUCGAAAUUUGGAUAAAAACACAAAAUAUGAGUUGCAGUUAUUUUUGAUGCAGAUAAACAAUCAUUCACUCAACUUCAAAGCGUUUGACUGUGUAAUACUAAAUACACAUCUCAUAACUUCUACAAUAACUGUUGGAAUCACAUACCUUUUUAUACUAAUUCAGUUUCAUUCUAAUAUGGCUUAAAACUUAUACAAC